AUGGCGUCUAGAAACAUCAAUGUCCAUCCUAAUGGCUACCACCCCGCUUCCCUCACUCAAACAGCCUUCGACAUCAUCAUAAUUGGCGGCGGUCCCGUUACCAGUUUUGCCGAAAGUCGUCUUGCCAAAGCUGGUCUGAGCGUUGCUGUAAUCGAACACGAGCUCUACGGCGGUGAGUGCCACUUCUUUGGAUGCAUUCCGUCGAAAGCACUUCUUCGUCCUGUCGAAGCUUUCGAAGCGGCGAAAGCGAUUGACGGAGCUCGAGAGGCGAUCGGCAAGAACAAGCUCGACGUUGCUGCUGUAUUUGAAAGAAGAGACAGGUUCGUGGAUUUGUGGGAUGACAAAACGUGGAUUUCCAUUUCAAAUGGAUCGAGUGGCGCGACACUUGUACGCGGUUUUGGACGUAUUGCUGGCAUGAAAAAGGUCAGCGUCCAACCACACGGUGAGACGCAGAAGUAUCAUCUUGAUGCGAAUAUUGCGAUCAUUAUUGCGACAGGGUCCACGCACUCUGUGCCUGCGAUUCCAGGCAUCGAGAGUCUCGAAGAAGGAACGGAACUUUGGUCCAAUCGUGACGCGGUCGCGGCAAAUAUAGCUCCUGAACAUCUGAUUAUUCUCGGUGCAGGGCCUGUGGGGUCUGAAAUGGCAACUUUCUAUUCUGCCAUUGGCUCCAAGGUCACACUGAUUUCGUCCACUGCGGAAAUCCUGCCUAUGGUUGAGGGAGCGGCUGCGAAGAUUGUGCGGAAGAGCUUGGAGGCAAGUGGUGUCUCCAUAAAGCUCUCCUCACGUGUGGACAAGAUUGAGAAACAUGCUGCAAAUUCAUUGACUGUUGUGUUAUCGAGCGGAGAAACGAUCUCGGGUUCUGUGCUCCUGAACGCAACAGGACGAAGGCCAAGGACAUUCGAUUUGGGCCUUGAUAGUAUUGGUCUAACUGGUGAAGGCCAGCCGUUGAAAACGGACUCAAGGCUCGCUGUUCCUACGGCCCAAGGUACUGAGCCUUGGCUGUUUGCUAUUGGAGACGUGAAUGGUCUUGCUCCUACCACUCACAUGGGCGUUUAUCAGGCGCGCAUCGCCAGCAAUGUCAUUUUAUCCUCCAUUAGAUAUAAGCAACCAUCUGUAAAGAUCAACAUCCCUAUCGGAGUUACCGUCACAGAAGCCAAGGGGUGUCAAAGCACAUUUGCCCAAGUCAUUUUCACAGAACCCAACAUCGGUACCGUUGGUCACACCUUUGCUUCCGCUCAGUCCGCAGGCCUGAAAGUCAGGGCUGUUGACAGUGAUUUCUCUAUCGCAGGAGCAUGGUUGUAUGGAGAUGGACAGCCUGGAUGGGCUAGAUGGGUUAUUGAAGAGGGAACUGAUAAGCUCCUUGGUGCAACGUUUUGUUGUGUUGAGGGAUCAGAGUUUGUAAAUGCGAGCCAGGUCGCUAUUCUGCAAGGCUUGACCUUAAAGGAGAUGGUACACGUAGUACCCCCAUUUCCAACUCGGGGUGAAAUCUGGACCCAUUUGUUGAAUGCUGCUGGGUUCUAG